UCCGAAGGUGACCCCAGUCCAGGUGUAAGUAGCUGUGACAGUGACCAGCUUGUCACAACACGGGCUGGGGCCUCUCAGUCCUCUGACACAUCAUCAGAGAGCAUCCAGGAGAACCAAGUGGAAAUCCUAGCACCUGCAACUAGUGCGGCUCCAAUGCAGUUGAAUGCAAACUGCACUGCCCCUGGUACGGGUCCAGUCCCUGGCUCAGGAAACAUACCAGCUGUCACAACAGUCUCCAGUGUUGUCAAUUCAUUUCAGAAUCUCAAUAACAACCCCAGUAUGCCCCCACAGUCAGUGCAACACCAGCAUCCACAACAUCCAAUUGUGUCACAGCAUCCAAGCAUGCCUGUGAGACCAAACAUGCGUAUGAUGAUGAACAACAUGCCACACAUGAAUAACAUGCAGACCCUGAACAAUAUGCAGCCAAUGAAUAAUGUUGCCCAGAUGAAUGCAAUGCCUGGCAUGAAUGGCAUGGCCUCCAUGAACAUGCAGGGCAACCCAACAAACCAAGGUAUGCAUGCAAUGCCACCACAGAUUAAAGGGGACAACAAUGAGGAUGGUUGUCCAUGCAACAUGAAAGCCAUGAUUAUGUGCAUGAAGUGUGGUGCUUUCUGUCACCAUGAUUGCAUUGGCCCUGCUAGAUUGUGUGUAGCCUGCCUUAUUCGUUAGAAAAACAGUGUAAUAUUUACACUUCAUUUCCAGAUUGGUCAACACAGUUACACCUCAUUUUCGUAAAUGAAGGGAAUUUUUUUUCCUCAUUUGUUUUCAGGGAUGAUUCCAUGAUGAAAGGGAUGCAUAUUAGACAUUGAACUAAUUUAGUGCCUAGGAUUACAAUUUGGCAUGUAAUAAGACUUGCUAUGCAGGCAUAUGUAAGACAAACAGUAUGUUAGAGAAAACAAAAUGCACACAUAAUUUGACCUAGAAAUCUCUGCCAAAAGGUGGAAAAGAACCAGUGACUUUGGUGGCAGUGAUGAAACCUCAAAGAUAAUUGUGAAAUGGAUAUCUCAGGAACUGAUGAGCCGGUCACUCAUGCCUUUGUUUGUCGUUUUUGGGGAGAAUACAACUGAAGGAAGAAAAGUAAAUGCAUCAUAACUACUCUGAUAACUGUUUUCCAAGACUCUGAUUGAAUAGGGGCAGUGGGUCCUCUGUGAGAACUCACCACCUCUAAGGAAAAGGAAAAAUGGUCCUCUUGGAUUAGCAUUUAAACACACAAGACAACAGACAGUCGAUGCAUUUGGAAAAGUAUGUAUUGUGAUAACAGUACAAUGGUGAUGGUGCACUUUUUAAAAGGACUUCUUAACAGAUGUACCAAUGUGUUUAGAAUUGCCCAUCAUUUUUUAGUACUCGGUUUAUUGUAAAGGUUUACCAACACUGAAAACACAAAGUAUGUUAAUGCUGCUCCCUUUUAGUGAGAUGAUUUCUUUUAUUGUUACAUAACAUAGCAAGAGGAUAAAAGUACCGUUGGUAUCCUCUGAACUCUUGAUAGACACAUCUGUUAAGCACAGUCUUUAUGCUUAAUGAAUAUUUGUUCAGUUAAAAAAAAAAAGAAUAAAAAAAGUGAUUCUCAGUGCGGGUUGGCCAGGCAUUGUAUAACACAGGUAAUGAAGACAUCAUUAAACACACAACCUACCAACCCAGUCUGGUCUUGUGGACUAGACAAUUCUUUCUAAGCUGAUUGCCAAUUAAAGCUCAGAGACAUGAUGAAGAGGAUGACAACACCAAAAGAGAACAUAGAACAGUGCAUCAGAAAAGUCUCAUGUGUUGAGUUUAGCCUAGAUACUUAAAAAAUUUCAGGGGUUGCCAGACUUGAGGGAUGUCAAAAUUAUGAGCCUGAAGUAUUAGCCAACUGUUUCAUAGCACAACCACAAUAUGCUAAAGAAAAAAACAAAAACAAAAAAAGAUUGUAACAUGUGUAUUAAAAUUUGAAAUGGCAAAUGA